GCCUAGCCGGGCAUCUUCUAAAGGGUUCAAUGUUCUAUUUGUGUCGUCCCUUCCCAUUCAGUCUGCUCGCGCAUCCCACACUUAGUAAAUACUUGCUCCGCCGCCCAAUCGAUCCUCCUCCGUUUGGCAGCUCUACGGGCGGGCGACAGCUUCGCUUCUGCUCAUCCAUGGAAGCACCUCACGCGGGCUACCGAAAGAACGUUGGCAUAUGUCUCGUAAAUUCAUCAAAGAAGGUCUUAGGAGAGCCGUUAGUUUAUGUGCAGAUCUUUACAGCUUCACGGCUUGAUAUCCCCGGCGCUUGGCAAAUGCCUCAGGGCGGAGUUGGUGAAGGAGAAGAUCCAAGGGAUGCUGCCUUUAGAGAGCUGUUAGAAGAAACUGGAGUUUCAUCUGCAGAGAUACUUGCAGAGGUUCCUUAUUGGUUGACCUAUGAUUUUCCUCUUGAAGUGAGAGAGAAAUUGAACAAGCUAUGGGGAGAAGACUGGAAAGGUCAAGCCCAGAAGUGGUUUUGUUUUAGAUUUAUUGGGAAGGAGGAAGAGAUAAAUCUCGACGGGGAUGAAACCGAGAAGCCAGAGUUUGGUGAAUGGUCAUGGAUGUCACCACAACAAGUUAUUGAACUUGCGGUUGGCUUCAAGAAACCUGUUUAUGAGGAGGUUUUGAAAUAUUUUGCUCCCUAUCUUCAGUAGUGACUCCCCUGCACCUGCCUAACAGUUGGCUAAGUAAAUAAAUAUGAAUUUAAUGAUAGUUUUAGCAUUGAAACCAUGCUCUUUUUGUUAUGAUGAGAGAAAUCAUGUUGGAGCCAAUGAUGUCAAUAGAAGCUCAUACAAUUCAUCUUCAAUGGAUGGGCUAAUCAGCCAUUAUCUAUUUAUCAUCAAUAAUAGCUUUAUUUGUUAGUAU